AUGGCCGCUGGCGGAAAGGGAGAGGCGAGGGCGUCAGAGAAUCAAUUCACUUCUCCCUCCAAGAUCCGCCACCGCCACCUCGUCUCCUUAAUCAGGUACUGCGACGACGGCGCCGAGAUGAUCCUCGUCUACGAGUUCAUGAAAAACGGAACCCUCAGAGACCAUCUCUACAGCGUGGCUUCCACCACCACGAUGCUGAAUUGGAAGCAGAGGCUCGAGAUCUGCAUCGGGUCGGCCAAAGGCCUGCACUAUCUUCACACCGGAUCCGACGGGGGGAUCAUUCACAGGGAUGUCAAGUCGACGAACAUCCUGCUCGACGAGAAUUUCGUCGCGAAGGUGGCCGAUUUCGGGCUCUCUCAGGCGGGUCUGCCCGACCCGGACCACCACAGCAUGGCGCUGAAAGGGAGCUUCGGGUACCUCGACCCGGAAUUCUUCCGGACGUUUCAGCUCACCGAUAAAUCGGACGUUUACUCUUUUGGGGUUGUGUUGCUCGAGGUGGUCUGCGCGAGGCCGGCGAUUGUGAGCUCGACAGGGAUCAGGAGGGAGAGGCGAGGGCGUCAGAUCUGGAGGCAGAGGAAAUCAAAAUUGACAGCGGUGGCGUCGGAGGAGAUGAAUUGA